UCCCCGAUUGUUACGUCUAGCCCUCUUUUCGUCUUCCUCUCUCCCGCCCUACGACAGGGGCGUCGUUAAGGUAAUCUCUCUUAUUCACUCGCCCUGCAACUUCUUAGGGUUUUAUUCUCCAAUCUCUUAUGUCUCCCUUCAAAGCUUUAUCUUUCACAUCUGAAAGGUUCCUCAUAAGCUCGAGCUCUACCUAAAGAAACGCACAGUCGGAGCAAAGUUUAGUUCAUCUGCGUCUGUGAAUUAGCCCUAAACGGUGGUUGGAGAGGAGUUUGGAGCUCGUUGUGUGAGAAGCUUUGGUGAUCUCUGAGUAUGCUGCGUAGAAAUAUUCGGUUGAGGCGAGAAUACCUCUACCGUAAAAGCUUGGAAGGGAAAGAGCGUUUGCUAUACGAGAAGAAGCGAAAGAUUAAAGAAGCAUUAGAAGAGGGAAAACCAAUCCCGACUGAGCUCAGAAAUGAAGAGGCUGCAUUGCGUCAAGAGAUUGAUCUUGAGGAUGAAAAUACAGCAGUUCCAAGAACGAACAUCGAUGAUGAGUAUGCAAAUGUGACAGAAAAGGAUCCUAAAAUUUUAUUGACAACAUCUCGUAAUCCUAGUGCUCCUCUUACUCAGUUUGUGAAGGAACUGAAGAUUGUCUUUCCUAAUGCCCAACGAAUGAAUCGUGGUGGUCAGGUUGGUGUCUUGAUUCUUCUACCCUUUUAAUUUUAUAUCUCCUCAUUGUGAUUUAAGCUUAUGUCUGGUUAAAAUAUUUGGUGGAUGA